AUGCCUCCUUCCCAAUCCGACCUCCCCCAUAAGUCACGCCCCCUCCCGUUACCUUUCUACCCGGCCCCCCCCCCCCUCAGUCUCCCGCUUCUCCUCUCCAUCCUCCUCUCCACCUCAUCCUUCCACCCCUCUUCCUCUCCCCUCCCCUACUCUCCCCACUCCCUGACCCCCUCCCACCUUCCUCAUCUCACCCCCUCCCACCCCCCCGCGUUUGUAUGUCGGGCAAAAAGAGAAAAAAGAAGAAUAAAUAGGAAGAUACAAAAAACCCACAGCCCCCCCACAGCGCUCCCCACCGCCCCCCAUCCCUCACCACCACAACUGCAUCCACUCUACCCCCCGCCCGUCCAACCUCCCCCCUCUUUUGCUGCACUUACCAUUCUCCCUCCAACCUCUCCUACCCUCAUCCCCCCCUGUCCCCCUUCUCGAAACCCCGCCCCCCCACCGACCCCCACACUCCCCCCUCUCACACCACCGCCCUCUCCUCCCACCCCCCUCCCCCCCCACGCACCCCCCUCGCCCCCCCUCCCCGCAAACACUCCCCACCCACCUCCCCCCCCUCUUCACCACCACCUGCCCCCCACCUCCUCCUUCACCCUCCCUCACCUCCCCCCACCCCUGCUCCCCCUCAUCCCCCCCCCAUCCGCUCCCACCCCCCCCUCACCCUCCCCCCCACCCAACCCUCUGCUCUCAUGCCCACCUCCCCACGUCCCCCAGCCUCCCCGCACCCAACGCCUCUCGUCCACGAUCCCAUACGUGUACAAAGACCUAUCCCCCACAUCCUGCCGCUACAAAUCUGACCUUCGCUGUAGUCCCUACCAUAAUGGUAACACAAAUAUGACCACUAGUAAAGAGUUUCCCACUCCAGACCAACAGCAUUUGGGCAAGGAAUGCAUAAACAGACCAA